CCAUCUAUUUUAAUCAUCUAAACAAAUCAAAUAAAUCAAUAUUAAGGUAAAAUUUAUCUUAAAAUAUUAUUAUGGCAACUGUACCUUUUAUUUUUCCUUCAUUUAUACUAUUAUUGCUCCUUACUUUGGCUUCACUCACAACUCAGUCAAAGCCAAAUGUUAACCCUUUUGGCUUCCUUAAGAGCUUAGAAGGAUGUAGGAAGGGCCAAAAUGUAGAUGGCCUUCACCAUCUAAAAAGGUACCUUGCAAAAUUUGGGUACCUCGAUAAUCAUCCGGUGUCUGAAAACAAGGUAACUACUACCAUGACCCUUAACAAAGAUGCUCAAUUAUUCGAUGAGAGCCUUGAGGAGGCGAUCAGAACAUAUCAGAAAAAUUACAAGCUAAAUGUUACAGGACAUUUGGAUGCUGCAACGGUGGAACAAAUGACGAAACCUAGAUGUGGUUCUCCGGACAUUAUCAAUGGUAGAAAUACAAUGCAAAAGGACAAAACAACUUCUAGCUACAAAAGCCGAAAGUCAUUGUAUGGAACAUCCUUGUACGCAUAUAAGGGACAAAUGUGGCCAUCUUCAGAGUACCAACUAACGUACCAAAUCCAGUCAGGGACCCUAGUCAAAGGAGCCGAGAACAUGAGAUCCGUAGUGGCUGAUGCAUUGAACAAAUGGGCACAGUAUAGCCCCUUCACAUUUCAGGAAGUGGUCGAGGGAAGCCAGUCCAAUCUAAUUUUUGGGUUUGCGGAAGGUGAACACGGCGAUGGUCAACCCUUUGAUGGCCCUGGAGGAGUACUAGGUCAUUCAUUUUACCCAACUGAUGGACGGUCACAUUAUGAUGCAACGGAGAAUUGGAGUGAUGACCCUGGAUUAUAUGAAAUGGAUCUAAACUCCGUUGUGCUUCACGAAAUCGGUCACCUCCUCGGCCUCGGCCAUAGUCAAGAUCAGAAUGCUGUGAUGUUUCCGACCAUUGGUCAAGGAAUGAGAAAAAGAGAGCUCCAACAAGAUGAUGUUGAAGGUAUUCAAGCCUUAUAUGAGACGACAUAACACAAGCAACUAAACUUAUGGUGACGUGGUGUUAAACAAGUUGGAGUUCCAAAAAAUGCAUGUAUAAUGUAUUAGUCUAUCCGUUACUUUUUAUAUGAUACGUGAUUUGAUUUGCGUGUGUUUGUAACACUUUGAAAUUUUGAAUAUUUUCUAUUUAUAUCAUAAAUUUUGGAUAUUUAGAAAUAUCCUGAAAUCAUUCCAAAAGACAAUCGAUAAUGCUUAAUUCUAUUUGUGUAAUACAAUCAAUGUUUAAUUUCUAUUUGUGUUGAAAGACGCAAUGGACCAAUAGUUGAUUGGUUUGGUCGAGCCAUGACUCUUCAACUUAA